GCUGCGUGACGUCACGUGCACGUGAACUUUGAAAAUUAGCGCGAGGAGGAAGCGUCGCGCGAGGCGAGAGUUUUCGCCGUUUUCCUCCCCGAUAAACAUACAAACGCGAAUCGAUAAACGUCGCCUGGUUCCCGGGACUCCUCGACAUGGCGCUCCUGACUCCGUACAGUAAAGUCCCGGAGCUGAACACCGCGACUGUGCUCUUGGUUGAAAGCGAGGAAGAGCUGCAGUCCAAACUAGCCGACGCCAUAGUGCACCAUGAGAAGGAUUUCAACGUCAAUGUGCGUUUGGCCAGAAGACUCCCUCUCCCCGUGGAGAACAAGGAAGGCCGUCCUCGCGUUGAUUUAAUGGUGUUUAUAGUGAAUCUGCUCUCUGAGCACAGUCUGCAGUCAGUGGAAAGCUCUCUCACUCAUCUUCACUCAGACUGUUUCCUGGGGAAAGUGUGUUUUCUGGUGACUGAUGCUCGCUGCGGCUCUCACACUCAGGAGCGUUUGGUCAGCCUGAGAAAGCUGGCUGCUUCACAUCAGUGUCCCGUCCUCUGCGCUGAGCACCGGACGGAAGAUGGCGUGAACGCAGCAGCCGUGCGGCUCCUCAACAUCCUGAAGGUGUCUGCGGGAAUGUCGCCCCUAGCAACCACUGCCCUUUAUCUGUCCUCUCUGACCCGCUGCUCGGUGACCUCCGACCUCGAAGAGGACUGACAUCCAGUGUGAUCCAUUAAGAACUCUAAGACUCGGUUCAUUGCUUUGAAUUUCCACACAGGAAACACAAGUUGCUCAACUGAGUUCAGGUGUGUGUUUGUUCACUGUCCAUGAACCUGACCUUUCUCUGGGACUUCUGUGUGUUUUCCUGGCGGUCCAGCGCCUUAGUUAACACAUCCAAACAGCAGGGGGAGCCAUUGGGUUGCUCUUAACAUAUUCCCCAAAUAAUUACCCUGUUACCAUAUUUAUAAAUAACAUAAUAGAAUUUUUAACCAGA